AUGUAUUCAGGUAGAAAUGUACCUAGAGUUUUGAAAAACUACUCUAAUUAUAGAGUUAGUCGUUCAUAUUCAAAGUCAGAACUGAGUGGACCUUUAUAUCUUAAUCCACACGCUUGGAAAGGUUUACCUGCGGACAGAAUAUUCGAAUUGCACAACUUGAGAAAAGAUGCUAUGGGUGAGAAAUAUAACCCAGAUGAUGAAGAAAGAAGUGCUAUAUUAUCCACCUUCACAUCUUUAGGAAAAGUCAAACCGACAUUAGAGUAUGCUUAUGAAAUUGAUAACUUCAAGGAAAGGCAUAUGAAUAACACGCCUGUAAACUUAAGAGGAUUACCGCCUAUGAAAAGUAAUAUUAAUGUUAUUGACAAAGGUGCCACAUCCCAUGAACAGAGAAAAAUAGAACAGUUGCAUAGAGUCAGUGCAUAUGAAAUGCCAUUAUUAGCAAAGUUCCGUCAAGAAUAUAAACCAGAACCAACUACGAAUACACCAAUCAAAUUAUCUUUUAAUACUGAUUUUAGUGAUGGAUCCAAUUCAUUGAAUCGUAAGGUGACAUUACUGUGUAACAUAGAAGACUUGAAUUUGAAUGAGAAACAGCAAAGGAAAUUUAAAAUCUUGGCUACUAACAGAUUUAAUCAUCAUACCAACACGAUCAAAUUUUCUACUAACCAACAUGCAGAAGCUACGCAAAAUGCUCGCCACUUAGUAUCUAUUUUCAAUAGACUAUUAGAGGCAUCAAAAGAUUUAUCUGAUGACUUUUCUGAUAUUCCGGUAGACUCUCGCCAUAUGCAUACCAAAAAGGCUGAAUCAUCGUUCCCAGAAGCCUGGAAAAGACCUGAAGAUGCGCCUAUUGCUAGACACAAGAUUAUAAGAAGGUUGGUUGAUGAAGUUAAGCAAAAGCAGGAUGCUAAAUAUAUUAAGAAGUAUUCCCCAUGA